CUUGUGAAUGACACGAAGUUUGAGGUUAAGUUGGUUUAAAUAUUACAAUUUUUCAAAAUUAUUCUAACAUAUUGAUUUGAAAGUAAAAAUUAUGCAAUAAUAUCUUCUUAAGGAUGUCUGAAAAUACAGAAAAUAUAGCAAAUACCCAUAGUGAAUCCGGGGAAAUUGCACCAGCUCAAACCGAAGCUAAGGAAGUUGAAUUAACCAAUUUACCACAUGUUGAAUUGUUUAAUGGUAUUGAAAUAUCUAAACUAACUAAACGGCAGACGAAGAAAUAUAAGAAAUAUCUUAAAUGGGAGGAAAAUAAGAAAGAAAGAAGAGCUAAACAAAAGGAGAAAUUAAAAGCAAAAAAAGAGUAUGCCCGACUUCAUAAUAUUAAAAUCACCGACAACAAACCAUUAUUAUUAAAAAAUACAAUGGAUAAGAGUCCCUGUAAGAUUUCAAUAUGUAUAGAUUUAAGUUGGUCGGAUUUAAUGACAGACAAGGAUAUGAACAAAGCUAUCAAGCAAGUUAUUAGAAUUUACGCAGAAAACAGAAGGGCUAAAGCACCUAUGCAACUUCAUUUAACCACAUUCGUUGGCAAAAAUAAAGAGGUCAUACGGAAACACGGUGGAUCGGAAAAAUGGGAUGUAAACUUUCAUGAAAGUCAUUACAUGGAUAUCUUUCCCAAAGAUCGAUUGAUUUAUUUGACCAGUGAUAGUACGAAUGUAAUUCAAAAGUUAGAAGAUGACAAAGUUUAUAUUAUCGGUGGGUUAGUUGACCACAAUGCACAUAAGGGAAUAUGUUAUAAAAAGGCCGUAGAGGAAGGUAUAUCACAUGGUCAGUUACCAAUUGGAGAAUACUUUAAAUUAAAACAAAGAAAAGUUUUAACUAUCAAUCAAGUAUUUGAGAUACUUUUGAGGGUUAGUGAAGGAAAAUCAUUUAAAGAAGCCAUUGAAAUAAAUCUUCCAAAGAGAAAAGAUGUUUUAUUAAUCAAUAAAACUGAGAAAGCUUCACAGGAACCAAUAUCUACAUAAAACUUUAUGUUUGUGAAUGUAAAGCAAGUAAAUAGUAAAUUAUUUAUAUAAAAAUAAAUUUUAUGUUUAAUAAAAAUAAAACCCCACAUGGCUA